AUGACGAUGCCCGUGAGAAUUGCCAUCGGGCUGGCGGUGUUUGGGCCUUGCAAAAGUGAGGGAGUAAAAGUAAUUCUGCUCAUGGGCGUGAUGUUCAUGCUUUUGGUGGGUAUGCUCAUAUAUGCGGCAUGCGUCGAGAUGCUCACAGGUGAUUUUGUGCUCGACCUACAUCUGUGGCACUCUAGUGUUGGUCGGCAGGCUCUGGCACUGGGUGCACUGAUGGCAGAUGUGGCUGUGAUGGGGGCGGUUGGAAUCGUUGGAGAGUAG